AUGUCUUCCGACGACUGGGUUCAAAAAUUCGAGACCCUUCAGGUCCACGCUGGACACUCGCCAGAUCCGGCCACCAAUUCUCGCGCUGUCCCUAUCUACCAAUCUACCUCGUUCACCUUCAAUGAUAGUGCUCAUGGCGCCAGGCUCUUUGGUCUGAAAGAGUUCGGGAAUAUCUACAGCCGGAUCAUGAACCCUACUGUGGAUGUCUUGGAGAAAAGAAUUGCGGCGCUUGAAGGGGGCAUUGCUGCUGUUGCCGCUUCGUCUGGCCAAUCUGCGCAGUUCAUGACCAUUGCAGCGCUGGCACACGCUGGUGACAACAUCGUCUCGACCUCGAAUCUGUACGGCGGCACGUACAACCAAUUCAAGGUCAUGUUUCCCCGCUUGGGUAUUGACACCAAGUUCUUGACCUCGGAAAGACCCGAAGACUUCGAGGCUGCUAUCGACGACAAGACCAAAGCAGUGUAUGUCGAGACCAUUGGUAACCCUCGUUACAACGUCCCGGACUUUGAAGCCAUUGCCAAAGUCUGCAAUGCCAAGGGCGUGCCUCUGGUGGUGGACAACACGUUCGGUGCAGGUGGUUACUUCUGUCAGCCGCUCAAACACGGUGCACAUAUCCUGGUGCACAGCACAACCAAAUGGAUUGGCGGCCACGGCACCUCGAUUGGCGGCAUGAUUGUCGACUCGGGCAAGUUUGAUUGGGCAGGCAACGCGAAAAGGUUUCCCCAGUUCAACGAUCCCGCUCCCGGCUAUCAUGGCUUGAAGUUCCAUGACACCUUUGGGCCUUUGGCCUUCAUUAUUCGGGUGCGAGUGGAGAUCCUGCGUGAUUUGGGAUCCUGCAUGUCACCCUUCAACGCGCAGCAAUUCCUUUUGGGCACCGAGACCUUGAGCUUGCGAUGCGAGCGGAUUGGGGAGAACGCCUUGAGGCUGGCCAAGUGGCUUGAGAAGCAUCCCAACGUUGCGUGGGUGUCGUAUCCGGGGCUUGAGAGCCAUCCCCAUCAUCAGCUAGCCAAAAAGUAUCUGCCGCGGGGGUUUGGAGGAGUCAUGUCUAUUGGGGUCAAAGGUGGCUCGGCCGCAGGAUCGCAGGUGGUGGACGGAUUCAAGAUUAUUUCCAACCUGGCCAAUGUUGGAGAUGCAAAGACGCUCGCCAUUCAUCCGUGGUCGACAACGCACGAACAGCUGACGGAGCAGGAGCGGAUAGACUCUGGCGUCACCGAGGACAUGAUCCGGAUCAGUGUGGGGAUUGAGCACAUUGACGACAUUAUCCACGACUUUGAGCAGAGCUUUGCCGCCAGCGAGGCGGCGCGACCGGAUGCGGAGGGCAACAAGGACAAUGCAGCGGUCGGAGCGAAGCCAAGUUCUGAGGCGACUCUCAGUGGGGCAACCUGA